AUGAUGGGGUAUGUACAUUUGAUCUUCCUAUCUACCUUCCUCUCGGUUUCCGUGACAUCUGAAACAUUCCAUGCAAUGGAAGGUGAGGCUUUUGUUAUAAAAUGCUCUCGACGGCAAUCAUCUGUGAAAAUCACCUGGUAUCACACAGAAAGUAACAAAAUAAUUCCUGCAGAAGAAGAGGGAUCACGAAUAUUUUCCUCAGAAGGACGGCUUUGGUUUCUGCCAACUUCUAGACAAGAUUCUGGAAAUUACACUUGUGUUAUACAUUUUUCAGAUAAUACCAUAAGCUCGCUCAACAUGAAUAUGCAGGUGCAUCCAUACAAGCAAGGAGUAUGUUUCCCAAGUGAGAUUCGUUACCCAAACGAGACUGGAAGAGGAAGAAUUCCUUGUCCUACAGUUGAGAAUUAUAAGAAUGCUACUAUCAUCCAGUGGUAUAAGGACUGCAAACCUCUCCAGGGACCAAGAUACUUCAAGGCUGGAAAUAGUAUUUCUAUUAACAAGCCGAGGAAGGAGGAUGACGGUUAUUACACUUGUCAAUUUAUGUAUACUCAUAAAGGAAAGGUGUUUAAUGUUUCAGCAACAAGAAUUUUCAUAAGUAAGG